AUGCUUCAAUGGAGCUCGCGCUGCCUUCCUGGGUUUAGCAUUCUGCUACUGAUAGCCCUUCUUCUCCUGGCUUUCUUCGAUAAUGCGGACUGGAACCUCAGGAAAGGUCUGAGGCCAUCGCCACCUAGGAAACCGGGUCAUGAUCCCAACCGUGUACUGACCUUGGCGCAAGCCUUGUUUUCCAUAUACACUGUGGUAAUUCACCUGAACAUGUUUUCCUUCACACUCCGACUUACAUGGUCGCUGUUCUGGGUGACAAGGCGAACGCGGCAGGUUUUCCAAAGGCGCAUCUGGUCCAAUGCGAGCAAACUGGACUCUACAGGCGACAACCUUCUGGAUCUCAGCACCUUGCAGGGCUCAGCCAGAGAGCGGACCAUACCACACUCACGGGGUAUAGACAUUAUUCACGCCAUUAUUGUGCCCAACUACCGUGAGGACGUGGACACCCUUCGAACUACUUUAAGCGUAUUGGCAAGCCAUCCACAUGCAAGAUUUCACUAUGAGAUCUACCUUGCCAUGGAGGAGAAAGAGUCAAAUGCCGUCGAAAAGGCAAUGAAGCUAGCUGCCACUUUCGAUGCCUCGUUCCGCACCAUUCAAACCACAUUUCAUCCUUCUGGAAUUGACGGUGAGAUUUCCGGCAAGGGUUCCAACGUGGCAUAUGCAGCACGUCAUAUUGUCGGUGUCCACCAUAAGACCCUGCGCAUGGAAACUUGUAAUGUUAUCAUCACAGUCAUAGAUGUCGAAAGUCCCGUCCUAGUGCGAUGUGCCGAUCUCCUUUGGGGAUUCGCCGGCCUAUCCACCAUGUACCCAGGGACCGUGCUUGCUAUUCCCACGUCAGUUUACUCGUUACCGCUAUCCCUAGCAGAAAAGGUUGGGGGAUGGGAUAGCGAUCCAACGGCGAUUGGAGAGGACAUGCACAUGCUGCUGAAGUGCUACUUUGAGACUUCGGGUAACUUGAUAACACAGGCCAUCUAUGUCCCCGCCAGUCAGUGUAAUGUUUCGAGCGACACUCGCCGAGGAUGGCGGUGCUACCUAGAUACAUGCGUUGCUCGAUACAGACAAGCGCUGCGACACAUGUGGGGGGCUCUAGAUUCAGGAUAUGCGGUACGACGGACGAUGGGCCAUCUGCGCUUCCGACGUUGCUUUGUCCUGCGGCCACGCCAGCUAGCUCUCACCCACCUCCUCUGGGAGGCUCAUUUCCUGCCCUGCCAUGUCACGAUCCUUCUGGUGUUCUCCGUGUUCUAUACCAUAUGCAACCCCAGUGGCCAUAUGCACCCGACCUUGGCAUUCGCAUUCAACUUCACCAAUACCCUUCGUACUUGCUCGUUCGUCGGCAUGAACUUGGCUAUCUCGCUAUACGACCGCUGGCAUCAGAUCUGUGUUGACCGGCGCAUGCAGGACAUGCAUGCCGCUCAAAUUCCCGGCACUGGCUGCUCACGACGCAAGUGGUACAUGCCACAAUGUCUGCUGGAGCGAGUUAUCUUUCCCAUUUCCGGCACACUGUAUGGCGCCAUCCCCACGUUACAGGCCGCUUUCUCGCAUUUUUGGACUGAUCGGCUGGAGUACCGGGUGAGUAAAAAGCCUAGCUUUGAGGCCGAGUACGUGGCCGAAGCGCCGAUCUGCGCACCGGUCCAUGUUCAUGUUGCUACUGAGUGUGCUUGA